UAAAUUUCCGCGCAUAUGAUUGAAUGUAGAUGAAUAAUGUGCUCUGCGCUUAUAAAAUAACACUGGUGCUGUUUGUGCUAUUUUCUUUACUCUUUAGAUUCCAGCAAUUUCGGUUAAUCGCGUUCAUUUUGACACACUGCCUUUUUUUUCUCCCGGCAAUUUCUUUCGCAUUAAUCAUGUUCAUCUUUGACACACGGACUUUCUUUUCUCCCGGCAACUUCUUUUUUGACACGCUUUUCUUUUCUCCCAGCGACUUCUUUUGGUACACGGACUUUUUUUCUCCCGGCAAUUUCUUCGCGUUAAUCACGUUCAUCUUUGGCACAUUGACUUUCUUUGAGAUUCUUUGGAUAUUCUUGAAGGAAAACAUUGUCUUGACUGAAAAAAAACAAUUGAUAAUAAUUUAAAGUAAGGACGGAAUUCAAAACAAAAAAAAAUUUCGUCUUUUUCUUCCGUCUCUUGUAUAAAUUUGAAGCUUUGGGUUUGGAAAAUCUUAAUUAUUUU